UCUUUGUAUCGCGAUCGCACCUUCUGAAAUUAAGUAACAUGAAAUUCUAUUUGACGCUCUGCCUGCUGUGGCUGGGCGUGAACGCGGAGAAGAAGAUCAACUUGGAGGACAUAGAAAGAGACAACCUGAGAGCGGAAGGGUUAUCAAAGUCCGGAAAUUCACGGGUCGAGGAGACGAAAUAUCUAACGAAGGAGAUCGGCCAGCAGUACCAAAUAUCGAAUCAAUACCGUGGCCACCCAGCCAGCUCGCCGGUUACGUUCGUAACACCCUCCCCGCAAAACGCUCCCUCGGAAGCAUAUAACGUCCAGUUCAAUAAAUACGCAAAGGAGCAAGUUUAUCAGCCGCAAAACAACGUGCUGCCGGAACAAAUAUUACCGCCGCGAUACUACAACGAAUACCAACAACAACCGCCGAGAGGAAUCGCGCCUAACGUUUACGAAUCACAGCAAUUGGCUUACCAACCGGAAGUGAACGUCGGCAAUCGUUUGCAAGCCGUUCAGCAGAAAGUCGUUACGGCUAAAUACACGAAAAGUCCGAAUAAAGACACGGUGUACGUGAAUAUUCCGAUGAUGCACUUUCUGACCUAUUACCCGAAUUUACGCGUGGGUUCUGGCAAAGGCGGCGAGUUCCUGCUGCCUCAAUUGAGCGCCGCGUCUACCGAGCAUAUAUCGAUUCCCGUUUACUCGUCCGCCUUAAGUCAGAAGCCAAUUGUUCCCGGAAAGCCGACUUACCAAAUUCAGUACGCGCCGAAACAUAAUGCCGCACCCGUUGCUUUCUCAACCAAGGUAACAAAGGGCGCAGCUUACACGACGCCGGUUACCUCAAAGAAAUUCACGAGCUCCCCGUUAGCGAAUGCACAGAGUUACGCUCCCUCGGACCAAACGUUCGCCCAGGGAAGACAGCUCUUGUACACACAGGCGUACGUCUCGCCGUCUUCCCAACCACAGUACGUUCCCCAGCUGGUUUACGCUCAACCGACGACGACGGUCUAUAUGCACGCGACACCGGUUUACAACCCGGUCUAUGCACGCGCACCUGCUUACGUCCAGGACAAUUCCCUGCAAGCCAACGUGAACUACGCGAUUUCGUCGGAACAGUUAGACGCCACUGUCGCCGACGAGCUGCCGGAUCAAGUUCUGGCUCACCAACCUUCGGCACAGAACUACGUUAAGGAUUCGGACGAACCUAACACUGACUUGACACCGCCGCAAGCACCCGCGCAAGAUUUCAAGUCGGGCGCACAAACGGUGAUACAAGUAUCGGAGGAGGAGGAAUCCAUUCCAGAGCAGAAUCAAGUGGGUCUGGGCGAGCCCAGAUCCUUGCUGGACUCGUACGUUCCCAGCAAACUGAUCGCAGCUCAAGAUUCCGCGAGAUACCAAGAGAGGCCUAUUAAACUGGAAAGCGGUUUCCUCCCAUCGAAAGAGAACUUUCUAUACAAGAAACGCAAGAGCGAGUAAUCCGCGAGAGUCGUUUUUCCAUUUCACGAUUAUUAAUGAACAGCGCGAUGAUGGUCAGUAGAACGCGUUGACGGAGAUUUCGACGUUAAAAACGGUUCGCGUUUACAAGACGUGUCGCCGACAUUACACGAGGCGUGAUCGUAUCUAGUCUUUCGUCGAACAUCGUUGAGCGACAAAUUUCUAACCCUUUGUUAUUUCUGUCUCUCUACAUACCCUAUAUUACUGUACGUUUUUUUUUAAAUAAAUUCAUAUUCACUUAGUUGGAGAUUUAUGUUAAAUUCCUUUAUUAUAUAAACAACGGAUUCCUAAAUAUUAUUUCACUGAUACAGUAGAUUUCCGUACUUCGUUAUUUCCGAUUGAAGAAAUAAUGGAUUCAGUGAAAGCGACGAUGCUAUGUUUUAUCAUCGUCGUCAUUGGUUAAUUUAUGAUCAUUAUAUCAUUUCCUCUGCUUUUGGCUCUAAUGUAUCUAUGAUAAAGGCAUUAUCGGCUGUGUUACGUACUCUACCAGAGAACCGUUAACACACUAACAUAACUAUGCACCCGUUAGCGUGGCAAAUUGAGAAAGUGCACGCUGGAGGAUACAUACAGACUUCUAUAACUGUUCGUCAGCAAUUGCAAUC